AUGGCCGCCGAAGUCCAGCCUCUGCAGCCCAUAAAGCUGCCCAAAGGUCCCUCGACUAUUACCGCAGAGCAAAAAUAUUGGUCGUCCUUCGGCACCGAGCUUCGUCUUGACCCAUCGCAGCAUUCCUCGCCCAUAACGCAUAUCUCCAUACCGCCACGGCCCGCCUCAAACCUCCUCGGCCCCGCACAAGACCUCUUCGCAGUCACCACAGGCUCACGCGUUCAAAUCUUCUCGUCGAAAACCCGUAAGCUUGUGAAGAACAUCUCAAGAUUCGGCGUAGAUGACAUUGCGCACUCGGGCAACAUACGGCGAGAUGGGAGAAUUGUGAUCGCAGGAGGGGACAGCGGGACGAUACAGGCAUUCGAUGCGAACAGUCGGGCUAUUUUGAAAACUUGGAAAGAACACAAGCAGCCGGUAUGGGUGACAGAGUGGAACCCAAGCGAGCUCACGAGCUUGAUGAGCUGCUCUGACGAUCGCACCGUACGACUAUGGGAUCUACCGGCAGACAAGAGCAUCACCACAUUCGAUGGGCAUCAAGAUUACGUGCGCUGCGGAACGUUCAUGCCCGCGCAGAGUGGGCUGCUGGUAUCCGGUAGUUACGAUCAGACGGUGCGUUUGUGGGAUUCAAGAACCGGAGGAAAGGCAGUCAUGGUGUUCAAACAUGCUGCUCCCGUGGAAGCCGUUCUCCCUAUGCCAUCAGGAACCGCGGUCCUCGCCUCAAGUGAAAAUACGAUCAGCGUUCUUGAUGUGGUGGCUGCAAAACCAAUGCAUCUCCUGCGCAACCACCAAAAGACCGUCACCGCGCUCUCUCUCGCAAACAAUGGCGAACGCCUUCUCUCGGGUGCACUUGAUGGGCACGUCAAGGUUUUCGAGACCACGGGCUGGAACGUGGUGGCAGGCAUGAAAUACCCCUCGCCUAUUCUUUCGCUGAGCGUCAUACCGUCCCAAGGCGAGGACAAGCAUGUUGCAGUUGGCAUGCAGUCCGGGUUGCUGUCGAUCAAGACCAGGCUAUCCGGCGAACAGAAAGCUCUUGCGCGAGAGCGCGAGAAGGAAAUGCAAGCCCUCAUGGCGGGCAAGAUUGAGGAAUACGACCGAACGAAGAAGCGCAAGCGUGGGAAGGGAUGGGAGAAGAAAAUGCGAGGACGCGACUUCACCGGCGAAGGCGCUGAUAUCGUCAUUGACCCGAACUCAAGAGGAAAGAUUCAUGCCAGUUUCCCCUGGGCGAAUUGUCUACGAACAGGACAGUAUGCAAAGGCACUGGAUAUUGUGCUAGCGCAGAAGGGCAACAACGCUAAAGAACACUCAAUAACAGUUUUCACUGCUCUGCGCCAUCGCAGCGCCCUUAACGCUGCUCUCGUCAACCGCGAUGAGAUCACACUCCAGCCUGUCCUGCGCUGGCUCAUCAAGUACAUUCCCGACUACCGCAUCACGCGACUCACUACCGACAUAGCGCUAGUCGUCCUCGACUUGUACGCUGAUCAAUUGGGGCGCAGCGAGGAAAUCGACACGCUGUUCGAUCAACUGAACCAAAAAGUGAAAGAUCUCGUCGAGGCAAGCCAGGCUGCAUGGGGCGUUAAAGGAAUGCUUGAUAUGCUGACUGCGACGGCUGGAGCGCAGAGGAUGGAUGCCAUCGAGAGCUAG